AUGACUGCUUCCAAUUCUUCAAAUAAAGAAAAUAAUGAUCAAAAAUUUCAAACUCGUACUUCACCUAGUCUUACAAUUUAUACUAAUUUCAGUAGUGAUAGUUUUUUAGCAAAUAGACGUCAUAUUACUCUGGAUGAAUUAAAAAAGGAAUUAACUACACAUUUAAAAAGUCUCAAAAGUGAGUUAGUAGAAAUGAUUAAUAGAGAUUACGCGAGUUUUGUAGAUCUUUCAACCAACUUGAAAGGUGUGGAUAAAGUCAUUGAAGAAGUAGCAAGACCAUUGGGAAAAAUGAGAGAAGAAGUUCAGGAAGUUCGAACCAAUCUUCAAAAUGUAAUUGAUUCAUUAGAAAAUCAAUUAUUUCAUAGAACUUCCAUUCGAGAAAAGAAGGCAGCUUUGCAAUUACUUAUUAAUAUUCAUGAAUCAGUUCGAAAAGUUGAAAAUCUAUUAUUAAUUAGUAGUGAAAGUACAUCUACUCAUUCACCCGAUGAAAGCAAUGUGAAACAAAUUGAGCGAGUAGCCAUUGAAUAUAAUCAAAUGCAAUAUCUAGUUAGCAAAGGAAAAGGUUUACCUUUUGUAGAGAAUAUUGAUUGGCGGAUUACUAGAAUUAAAGAAACACUUCGUAUCAAUUUAUCAUCUGCUCUUCGAUCAGCUUUAUCCAUGGUGAAAAAUAAUUCAAAUAUUUCAUCAUCCAAAGAAACUUUAACACAAAUAUUACGAACAUAUGCAUUAAUUGAUCAAACUAAAUCAGCUGAAGAAGUUAUUAGAGAAGAAUUAAUAGUACCAUUUAUACAAGAAAAAAUUCUUAAAGGAACUAGUUUUGAAAUAUUGGUUAAUUCUGUAUGGACUGAAGUGGUUGAUUCGAUAACAAAGAAAAUACCGAUUAUUUUUAAUUCCGAUGUUCAUUAUAAAUUAGAAAGCAUGUGUACUUCCAGAAAAUCCCUAUUAUUUUUACGAAAUCAUCCAUCUUACGUGGAAUUCAUGAAACGAUGGCAAUUACCCGUAUAUUUUCAACUUCGUUUUAAAGAAAUAUCUUCACAAGUAGAAGAAGUAUUGAACUCGGGAUUGGAAUUUCCUGUUGAUGGAUUUAUUGAUUCACAAGACCCCAAAUCAUUAAUUCUUCUAGCCAGUAAAUCAAUCUUUUCCGCAAUAGAACGAUGUUGGGCUGAUGAUGUAUUUAUUUAUGGACUAUCACAUCGAUUUUGGAAAUUAACAUUGCAGCUAGUACAAAGAUAUAAAAAUUGGUUAAUGCCGGUAUUGACUGAAUUAAUAAUCGAAGCUAAUGGUCAUAAUAUUAAUGAAGGGUCAAAUACUAAUGGUAUACUUUCAUCAAGUAAUUCGGGAGGUAGAGUAGGCAGUCCGGCACCGAAUGGUAAUAAUAAUGCUUUCAAUGAAGCACAAGAUGAUUUAUUAUUGAAACGUUUGACUAUUGUGGCGCAUGAUAUUGAAAACAUAACGAUGAAGAUAAAAGAAUUCUAUUAUGGACGAAUUGUCAAUAAAUUACCGGAAUCUAUGACUGAUUUACCUAUUAUAGAAGAGAGUAUAGUUAGCGUUUUAUCAUCCUUGAAAUUAGGUUUACCUGACUUUUCGCAAAAGAUUACAUUUAUUCUUACAAAUCGUUGUACCGAUAAUUUACGUCUCAUUCGUAGUAUUAUUACUCAGUAUAGACAACCAAAUACUAAACCACCUACUGAAGCAUCAUAUUUUGUUCCACAUAUUAUUAAACCACUUGCAACAUUUUGUCACGUUAAUAGAUCUAUUCUUAGUGUUGACAGACGACAAGAAUGGUGUUACAGUGUUGGAAAUGCAGUAUCUAUGCGGAAGAGUAAAGGUACUAGAAGUCUUGCAUCCUCAUUAUUUUCAAAAAAUAAUGUUAGCAAUGAUACGCUUGAUGAUAAUACUUCGUUAAUGAGUGUUGAAGAUAAAAUAAGGAUCCAAGUUUUAUUAGAUGUAAAACAAUUUGGAAUAGAGGUUGAUAGUGAAAUAGUUAACAAAAUUGAAUUGGAUCAAUAUUGGUUAAUUAAGGCAACACAAUUGCCAAUUUUUUGUAAAAUAACUUUUGAUUAUAUUUGGUUACCAGUAUCAAGUUGUAGCGUAGAGCGAAGUUUUUCAAUGUAUAAUUCUUUAUUAGAUAGUAAUCGUCUUUGGAUUUCUUAA